ACAUCAGUCACUGCGAUGUUUGUAUUUUAUUUCUGGCGCCUCGAUGCGGCUUGAGCGCACGUUAAGCAUUGAAAAGCGUGUAAACAUGUGACAUUAACUCCAAUGAUUACCGACUAUGAAGAAAAACAGAAGCGAAAUGGUUGCUGCAGCAGUCGGUCGCUACUUGAAAGGAAGGCAGUACAUGGACUCCGAUUCCUUCAAGAAAGCCGACGUGAAGCUGCAGCAAAGUGUCGCUGACUUUGCUUUGAAUGGAACGGUGGCUUCCGAGACUGGAGCUAAAAAUGUUCUAAGCUACAGCCCUGUAAAUAAGGACGCUCAAGCCGUCGAACAGCAGUUUAGCAAGCUUAAGAACUUCAUCGCCGAUGCCUGCGAGCCUUUCAAGUCCGAACUCACCUUCAUCCUGUUUCCAGUGUUUGUGCAUUUGUACCUAGAACUCAUCACCAAUGGUCAGAAGUCUUCAGCUCAGAAGUUUCACAGUCGUCAUCGGACCACAUUUCAAUCAUCAGACCAAUAUCGUAUGAUCACAGACAUGCUGCCCAGUAUAACUUCUGCAUCAGAUGUACCAUCCCAUCCUCAUGUAAAAGAAUUCAGAGAAAACAAGUAUUCUGUAAAGCUAUCAGAUGACAGCUUGGAGUAUGUUUUAAAUUUUCUCAAGGAUAGUGACAAUCUCAUCCUGCUUCAAGUCUUCAACCUUCACAUCGACAUUGAUGUACAGCUUCCUCAUGAAAAAAUGAAUGGAGAUGCGCAAGCCCUGGGCCCACAGCAGCAGUUGGGAUCGUUGUCAACAGCAGCCAGAGGGAGCAGUGUUGAUACCAAGCAGACACCUUCUGCUGAACACUGCAAGGAAUCAUUAACCUCCUUGCGUCAGGCCAUCAAAAAUGUACAGGAAGGGGCCCCCUGUAUUCCUUCUAUCUGCCUCUAUACAGUCAAUGACCGUCUGUCUGGGCUCUGUUCAGUGUCACAAGUGGAAGAUGGCAGCCUCCUGGCAUGUGGCUUCGAAGACUCAUCUAUACGGCUCUGGAGUCUGUUGCCACGUCCCCUCCGCACUGAUCCACCUGAUGUGGACAUCAGCAAAGUCAGGCUGUACUGUGAUGCUGAUGAUAUGGAUCACUUCGACACCCCUGAAGAAAGUGACAGCAAAUUGCUGCGAGGCCACAGUGGGCCUGUUUAUGGCCUUGACUUCCUGCCUGGAAAAGAGCUGAUGCUGUCGUGCUCCGAAGACACCACAGUGCGAGCAUGGAGCUUAAAAACACACAGCAAUGUCGCCAUUUACCGAGGUCAUUCAUAUCCUGUCUGGGACAUUGACAUUGGGCCCCUGGGGUUAUACUUUGCCACGGCAUCAAAAGACAGCACAGCAAAGAUUUGGACACUUGAAAGGACGUACCCACUGAGGAUACUAGCUGGCCACAACAUGGACGUCGACUGUGUGAAGUUCCAUCCCAAUAGCAACUACGUGGCGACAGGUUCGAGCGACCGGUGCCUGCGGCUCUGGUCGGUGCAGGAUGGCCGGGUGGUACGCAGCCUGCCCGCUCACCGGGGCACCAUCUUUGCUCUCGCCUUCUCACCCGACGGGCAGCUGCUCGCCUCAGCUGGUGAGGACCGCAGGAUCAAAGUAUGGGACCUGGGGAGCUCUACCUUGCUCAAGGAGCUGCGAGGGCACACGGACACAGUCUACAGCAUCUCAUUCAGUCGUGAUGGCUCGGUGCUUGCCUCCGGUGGCGCUGAGCCACUUGUCCAUCUCUGGGACCUUAGACGCAGUGUUGGUUCUUCACCAAGCGAUGCAGAUCCCAAUGGCCACAUGUCGCCGGAGCACCUGGCAAGUUUCCCCACAUCCACGUCUGCGCUUCAUCUGGUGCGGUACGCACCUCGAAACCUCCUCACCCUUGCUGGUUCUGCAGCGGCUGGUUCCGGUGCCGACAUCUCUUCCAUCUCUUGACACAUUCGGUGCACUACACACAAGGCCAAGUUUGCAAGCUGUGGUUCUCGGGUCACUGGCGACCCGUCAUGCUGUGUUCCGUCUCCUUGCUCAUUCAGUGCUCCAAGAGACAGUCACCUUCAUCGCGACACACAGUGCCACAAAUUUUCCUGUGCUCAUUAAAAAGAA